UUGUAGUGGGAGGACACCUCCAGAGGAGCUGCUGUUCAUUGAGCUACACUCACACAUGAAGAUACAGACUUUGUGAAGAAGGAAUUGGCAACACUGAAACCUCCAGAACAAAGGCUGUCACUAAGGUCCCACUGCCUUGAUGGAUUAUACACUUGACCCCAGCAUGACAACAAUGACUGACUACUACUACCCUGAUAGCCUCUCAAGCCCCUGUGAUGGGGAACUUAUCCAGAGAAAAGACAAGUUGCUCCUCGCUGUCUUUUAUUGCCUCCUGUUUGUAUUCAGUCUUCUGGGAAACAGCCUGGUCAUCCUGGUCCUUGUGGUCUGCAAGAAGCUGAGGAACAUCACAGACAUAUACCUCUUGAACCUGGCCCUGUCUGACCUGCUUUUUGUCUUCUCCUUCCCCUUUCAGACCUACUAUCAGCUGGAUCAGUGGGUGUUUGGGACUGUAAUGUGCAAAGUGGUGUCUGGCUUUUAUUACAUUGGCUUUUACAGCAGCAUGUUUUUCAUCACCCUCAUGAGUGUGGACAGGUACCUGGCUGUUGUACAUGCUGUGUAUGCCAUAAAAGUGAGGACGAUCAGGAUGGGCACAACCCUGAGCCUGGCAGUAUGGCUAACUGCCAUUAUGGCUACCAUCCCAUUGCUAGUGUUUUACCAAGUGGCCUCUGAAGAUGGUGUUCUACAGUGUUAUUCAUUUUACAAUCAACAGACUUUGAAGUGGAAGAUCAUCACCAACUUUGAAAUGAACAUUUUAGGCUUGUUGAUCCCAUUCACCAUCUUUAUGUUCUGCUACAUUAAAAUCCUGCACCAGCUGAAGAGGUGUCAAAACCACAAUAAGACCAAGGCCAUCAGGUUGGUGCUCAUUGUGGUCACUGCAUCUUUACUUUUCUGGGUCCCAUUCAACGUGGUUAUUUUCCUCACUUCCUUGCACAGUAUGCACAUCUUGGAUGGAUGUAGCAUAAGCCAACAGCUGAAUUAUGCCACCCAUGUCACAGAAAUCAUUUCCUUUACUCACUGCUGUGUGAACCCUGUUAUCUAUGCUUUUGUAGGGGAGAAGUUCAAGAAACACCUCUCAGAAAUAUUUCAGAAAAGUUGCAGCCAUAUCUUCAUCUACCUAGGAAGACAAAUGCCUAGGGAGAGCUGUGAAAAGUCAUCAUCCUGCCAGCAGCACUCCUUCCGUUCCUCCAGCAUAGACUACAUUUUGUGAGGAUCAAUGAAGACUAAAUACAAACAUAUUUUCUUGAAUGGCAUGCUAGUAGCAGUGAGCAGAGGUGUGGGUGUGAAAGGUUUCCAAAAAAAGUUCAGCAUGAAGAAUGCCAUAUAUGUUGUUGCCAACACUUGGAAGACAAUGACUAAAGACAUUGUUGUGCAUGCCUGGCACAACCUCAAGCCUGUGAUUGUGUUUAUUGAUGAUGCUGAACAAGCGGUAACUUUAAAGGAUUCUGUGUGCCAAGUGAAAAGAAAAGAUGUCUAACCUCCUUACAUACGCAGAAAUAUACCUCCAGAGCCUGUCGGUAGGCUGGAAGAAGUGGAUAUUGAAGUUUUGACAUCAAUGAUGAGGCUCCAGUUGUCUACUCAUUGACUGAUGGUGAAACAGCUGAAGUGAUUCUGAAUCAAGGUGAUUGUGAUUAUAGUGACAAUGAAGAUGAUGCUGUUAAUACUGCAAAAAAAGUGCCUGUCGAUGACGUGGUGAAAAUAUUUGACAGGCUUAUGGAAGGACUAGAGCAGCAUGCAUUCAUAACAGUAAAAGAAAUUAUAUCAGCUUAUAAAAUCAAACAGAGACUUCUAGACAAAAACCAUUGUUGAUGAGGCAGAUGUCUCUAGAGGAGAUGUUUAAAAGCCAUCAAACAGAAUGCCUUCCCUGGAGGACCCACUUCCUCAUCCCUAAACUGUGUCUGAUGUUUCUUCUCAUGUCAGAAGUAAAAAAUAAAAAUAAAAUAAAAUAUAUUGGUAUGUAACUACAGGAAAAAAUAAAAAAUAUACAGUGGACAGUAACCUUUCAAUAAAAACUCAGUAUCAUAAGUAGAGACUGAAAGCUUACCGUUAUUGGUUGUUGUUAUUGUUUAACAGCUGAUACAGAUAUUCUGCUGAUGCUACUGCUACUUAGUUCCCAUGAACACGUUGUUUUUCCACUAUUAAUGGUGUGUCAUAUUUUUUACUUUUAAGUACUUACGUGUGAGUAAGUGUAAGAAAAUGACUGCUUAUCAGUAGUAUCAAUGAUUUACUCAAUAUCUGAAUCACCUUGAUUCAGAACCAUUUCAGCUGUUUCACCAUCAGUCAAUGAAUAUCAUCCUCAUUAUUGAUGUCAAAAACUUCAAUAUCCACUUCUUUCAGCCUACUGCAGACUCUGGAAGUAUAUUUUUUUGCAUAUGUAAGGAGGUCAGACCUUUUAUUUUCACUUAACAUGCAGAAUCCUUCAAAGUUACCACUAGUUCAACAUCAUCAGUAGACACAAUCACAGGGCAGAGGUUGUGCCAGGCAUGCACAACUACAUCUUUAGUUGUUGUGUUUCAAGUAUUGGCAACAACAUAUAUGGCAUACAUCAGAUAAGUUCAGAGUCAGGAAAGAUGAUGGUGCCAAACCACCACAAAUAUUCUAUUUGUGGGUGGCUGAGACAGUGACGUCUUUGCUUUCUGAUGAUUCAACAUACACAAACUUUGUUGCAUGCACAAAAUUAUUAAAAAUUUUGGCUGGGCCCGGUGGCUCACCCCUGUAAUCCCAGCACUUUGGGAGACCAAGGCAGGCAGAUCACUUGAGGUCAGGAGUUCAAGACCAACCUGGUCAAUAUGGCGAAAUUCCAUCUCUACUAAAAAUACAAAAAUUAGCCUUUCUGCCUGUAAAUGCCACCGAAGAAGCACCGUUAGAGUCUCUCUUCUCACUGCCAUCAUGUCUAAGUCAGAGUCUCCUGAAGAACCCGAACAGCUGAGGAAGCUCUUCAUUGGAGGGUUGAGCUUUGAAACAACCAAUGAGAGUCUGAGGAGCCAUUUUAAGCAAUGGAGAACACUCACAGACUGUGUGGUAAUGAGAGAUCCAAACACCAAGCGCUCCAGGGGCUGUGGGUUUGUCGUAUAUGCCACUGUGGAGGAGGUGGAUGCAGCCAUGAAUGCAAGGCCACGUAAGGUAGAUGGAAGAACUGUGAAACCAAAGAGAGCUGUCUCAAGAGAAGAUUCUCAAAGACCAGGUGCCCACUUAACUGUGAAAAAGAUAUUUGUUGGUGGCAUUAAAGAAGACACUGAAGAACAUCACCUAAGAGAUUAUUUUGAACAGUAUGGGAAAAUUGAAGUGAUU